CAUCGUGUUAUCUAAUCUUAUUUUUUCGCAUUUAACGCUAUCGAGAAUUGAGAAAGAUAAUGGACAUCCAGAUCAACUUAGUACGAAUUCAAUCGUUGAAUUGUGCUGAGCUAACACACAGCAGUGGAGGUCAACCUUUUAGCGCAUAUUACCUUAUUCCCCUAUCGUCAUGCUCGAUAUUCGUCCACUGUCUCCUGAGCUUGCUCAAAAGGCUAGAGAAGAGCUGAACGAAGUACCGGAACGACUAGAGGAGGAUGUAGCGGCGCUUCGUGCAUGGUUGACCAAAUGUCCACACAUCAAGUCCCGCACCGAUGAUCAAUUUCUGGUCAUGUUCUUGCGUGGUGCCAAACACAGUCUUGAGCGGGCCAAGCAAAAGCUGGACUUGUAUUACACCAUUCGUACCGCUUUGCCAGAGUUGAUCAGGAAUCGCGAUCCUCUCAAUGAGAAGUUGGCUGCUUUAAUGAGAAUGGGAUCUGCUAUUCCUUUGCCGUAUACGGAUACUCCGUCGAGUCCACGAAUUUUCCUUAUUCGACCGGGUGCCUACGAUCCCGCCAAAUAUUCUAUUCAAGAUGUGUUCAAAUUCAACUCAAUGAUGGGCGAUAUUAUGAUGAAAGAAGACGAUAACUUGGGAAUUGCUGGGCAAAUGGGUAUUUUGGAUCUAUCCAAUACUACGAUGGCCCAUUUCUUGCAAUUUAAUCCUACUUUUGUGAAAAAGGCCACAAUGUGGUCUCAAGAAGGAUCGCCGUUACGUCUUAAAGGAUUCCACUAUAUCAAUACACCUUCGGGCUUCGAAACUGUUUACAAUUUGUUCAAAUCUUUCAUGACUGAGAAAAAUCGUUCAAGGCUCAUGGUACAUGGCAGCAACAUGGAAUCGUUGUACCAGCAUAUCCCUAAGCGUCUGCUGCCAACGGAGUACGGCGGAGAAGCUGGACCGCUUCAGGAUAUUAUCGACAAAUGGGUUGAAAAGAUAGAGAGCUACAGGGACUUCUUCCUUGAAGACGAACAAUACGGAACCGACGAGAAGAAACGCCCCGGCCGACCCAAGAAUGCAGAGUCGCUGUUCGGAAUUGAAGGAUCAUUCCGUAAAUUGGAAGUCGAUUAAAUGAUGAGAGUAACAGGUGAAGGCUAUGAAAUGGUUAGAAAAAAAUAUGUUUAUUCUUCGUCCGAAAUGC